AGCCCUUUAAGGUGUGUGCCAGUGCAUGCCUUUUCCCAAGCCAUUUGGAUGCUGCUGCGACAGGAGAGAUUUUUGCAUUACAAAGACGCAAUUUUAAAAAUGCAGAGCAGGUAGUUAAUAACCAAGAGCCCUGGGGAUGGAGAGGAGGAGAGAGGCAGGAGCAUCAUCAACCAGCUGGGGGCUGACCUGAUUCCCUAGAAUCCCCAGCUCUCUUCCUCUUUCCUCCCAACAUCCUUCCUUUCCUUUUUCUCUCCCCCCCAACCCCCCUUUCCUUUCCCCAGAUAAGCAGCUCCGGGAAACAAAGAGCUGGGCUCUCCAGACCUCAGCGCUGGAACCUAAGGCUCUCUGAGUAGCAUCUCAUUUCGGGGACCAGGGCUCUCGAGCUCCGUGUCCCCUCCCCAACUCCCCCCCCCCCCCCCCGCCUCCCUUGCUUGCUCGCUGCUCCCUCCCUGCUGGCUGCCUCCCCCACCAUCGCAGCGCUGGGAGGAAGGCGGCCAGGGCUCAAGAUGGCUUUAGCCGGGCUCUGCGCCCUGUUCGCCUGCUGCUGGGGGCCGGCUGCGGUGCUGGCCACAGCUGCCGGCGACGUGGAUCCAUCCAAGGAGCUGGAGUGCAAGCUCAAGAGCAUCACUGUGUCGGCACUGCCCUUCCUGCGCGAGAACGACCUGAGCAUCAUGCACAGUCCCUCGGCCUCCGAACCCAAGCUUCUCUUCUCCGUGCGCAAUGACUUCCCGGGAGAAAUGGUCGUGGUGGACGACCUAGAGAACACGGAGCUACCCUAUUUCGUGCUGGAGAUCUCAGGGAAUACAGAAGACAUCCCCCUGGUGCGCUGGAGGCAGCAAUGGCUGGAGAAUGGCACUUUACUCUUUCAUAUUCACCACCAAGAUGGUGCUCCAAGUCUCCCUGGACAAGACCCAACUGAAGAACCCCAACAUGAAUCAGCAGAGGAAGAGCUGAGGAUCCUGCACAUCUCAGUCAUGGGUGGCAUGAUCGCUCUGUUGCUAUCCAUCUUGUGCCUGGUGAUGAUCCUGUACACUCGCAGGCGCUGGUGCAAACGUCGCCGGGUUCCCCAGCCCCAGAAGAGUGCCAGUGCAGAGGCAGCAAAUGAGAUUCACUACAUCCCAUCUGUGCUGAUUGGAGGCCAUGGGCGGGAAAGCUUGCGCAAUGCCCGUGUGCAGGGCCACAACUCCAGUGGCACUCUGAGCAUUCGGGAGACACCCAUCCUGGAUGGCUAUGAGUAUGACAUCACAGACCUGCGUCACCACCUGCAAAGGGAGUGUAUGAAUGGAGGGGAGGACUUUGCCAGUCAGGUCACACGCACUUUGGACUCCCUACAGGGAUGCAAUGAGAAGUCUGGGAUGGAUCUAACACCAGGGAGUGACAAUGCCAAGCUUUCCCUGAUGAACAAGUAUAAAGACAAUAUCAUAGCCACAAGCCCCGUGGAUUCUAACCACCAGCAAGCCACUCUGCUCUCCCACACCUCCAGCAGCCAGAGAAAGAGGAUCAACAAUAAAGCCAGAGCUGGUUCUGCCUUCUUGAACCCUGAAGGGGACUCCAGCACAGAGGCCGAAAAUGACCCACAGCUGACCUUCUACACAGACCCCUCUCGGAGCCGGAGGCGCAGUCGAGUGGGCUCUCCCCGAAGUCCUGUGAAUAAGACCACCUUGACCCUGAUCAGUGUCACCAGCUGCGUGAUUGGCCUCGUGUGCUCUUCUCAUGUCAGCUGCCCUCUUGUUGUCAAGAUCACCCUACACGUCCCUGAGCACUUGAUCGCUGAUGGGAGCCGCUUCAUCCUGCUGGAGGGGAGCCAGCUGGAUGCCAGUGACUGGCUGAACCCUGCCCAAGUGGUUCUCUUCUCUCAGCAGAACUCCAGCGGGCCCUGGGCCAUGGACCUCUGUGCCCGGCGGCUCCUGGACCCUUGUGAACACCAAUGUGACCCCGAAACUGGUAGGCGGGAGCACCGGGCAGCGGGGGAAUGCCUGUGCUAUGAAGGCUACAUGAAGGAUCCUGUCCACAAGCACCUUUGCAUUCGGAAUGAAUGGGGGACCAACCAGGGGCCUUGGCCUUACACGAUAUUUCAGCGAGGCUUUGACCUGGUUUUGGGAGAGCAACCCUCUGAUAAGAUAUUCAGAUUCACCUAUACCCUCGGGGAAGGCAUGUGGUUACCCCUCAGUAAGAGCUUUGUGAUUCCACCAGCCGAACUAGCCAUCAAUCCAUCAGCAAAGUGUAAGACGGAUAUGACUGUGAUGGAAGAUGCUGUAGAGGUCAGAGAGGAGCUGAUGACAUCAUCAUCCUUUGACAGCCUGGAGGUCCUAUUAGACUCCUUUGGGCCAGUGCGUGAUUGCAGCAAAGAUAACGGAGGCUGCAGUAAGAAUUUUCGCUGCAUUUCAGAUCGCAAGUUGGACUCUACUGGUUGUGUGUGUCCUUCAGGACUCAGCCCUAUGAAGGACAGCUCAGGCUGCUAUGAUCGCCAUAUCGGAGUGGACUGCUCAGAUGGUUUCAACGGCGGCUGCGAACAGCUGUGUCUCCAGCAGAUGGCGCCGUUCCCAGAGGACCCCACCUUGUACAACAUCCUUAUGUUCUGCGGGUGUAUCGAAGACUACAAGCUUGGUGUGGAUGGACGCUCUUGCCAACUUGUCACUGAGACCUGCCCAGAGGGAGGUGACUGUGGGGAAAGCAGAGAGGUUCCCAUGAACCAGACUCUCUUUGGAGAAAUGUUCUUUGGCUACAACAACCAGUCCAAGGAAGUAGCCACUGGACAGGUGCUAAAAGGAACAUUCAGACAGAACAACUUUGCUCGUGGUUUAGACCAGCAACUGCCGGAUGGUCUUGUGGUUGCCUCUGUCCCACUGGAGAAUCAGUGCCUAGAGGAAAUCUCAGAGCCCACCCCAGACCCUGACUUCUUGACUGGGAUGGUGAACUUCAGUGAAGUGUCUGGAUACCCGGUGCUGCAGCACUGGAAGGUUCGGUCUGUGAUGUACCACAUCAAACUCAACCAAGCAGCCAUCUCGCAGGCCUUCAGCAAUGCUCUUCACUCCUUGGAUGGGGCUACAUCUCGUGCAGAUUUUGUGGCUUUGUUGGAUCAGUUUGGAAACCAUUACAUCCAGGAAGCUGUCUACGGCUUUGAGGAAUCCUGUUCUAUAUGGUACCCAAACAAGCAAGUCCAGCGGAGACUCUGGCUGGAAUAUGAAGACAUCAGUAAAGGAUGUAGAAGUGUUAUAGCUUCUCUUCUGACUGGCAUCUUUCUCCCAGGACCAAAAGAUUAAUCACUGGGCUACUGUGGCUGUAAAAAUAAUCUCCUGAGACAGAAUCCUCCUACAUCACAAAACAUGACAACAGGUUUCUCAAACUUUGGAAUCUGAACAGUGUUCUGAAACCAGUUUGCUGGAAGAACUGUGUACUAUAAGGGACUAUAGUUAAGAACAGUUCUAGCUGCCAAAGCUCUCUGAAGUCUCCAUUCCAGAGUCCAGCGACUGAAUCACAGGGCUGAGCCCUCAGCUAUUCCUGCUUGACAGGAGUGUGGUGGUUGUCAAGGCCUGAGAUUUCUGGGAGACAAACAUCUGACCUUUCCCCAAAGCUCCUGAUUCUACAUGUUGCUUCUCUCCAAGGACAGUACUGUCCUCAAAGAGAAAUACUGAGCCCAGAAGGGAAAUCCGUCAUAGCCUCGGCACUGUGCCCUGCUUUCCUUUGAUGGGAAGCCUCUCUGCCACUGGGCAUCCACCAUUGCCACAAUCCAAGUGUUGACUUUAGUUCUCUGAAAUAUGACUUAUCUAACUUCUCCCUUGUCUAACUUUUAAAGGGUAUUCAAUCAUUUUAGUUUGCCUUAGCUGUGCCUGACUUGUAAGAAGUCACGAGUGACCACUGCCCAUACUCACCCCGCCACCCCCAUUCUUGAGACUUCUCUGUAAACUAUAGGAUUCAACGAUUUGGUUGUUUGUGUUUGUUCUCCAUUUUAAAUUUGGGCACUGAUCUCCUUUAACUCUAAAACACAAUCAUUUGUUGAUGACUGUUUCUUGCUGUUGUGGCCAGUGAUGAUAGGGGGUGGGGGGUACUAACUGGUGCAAAAGCCCUUCUUAUACAGACUUUUCUGUAGGCAUCAUUGAGGGUAUGCAGCUUUAGCUGCACAUGACUGACAAAAAACUCAGAGGGGCAUGGUUUAAGCCAGAUCUUUAGAGGGCAGCAUUCCAUUCAAUAGUUUAUUUUUUUACUUCUCAUGAUACCACUGUGUGGUUUGGCAUUUUGGAUUAAUUACCUCUACAUGACUCUUUUGGAAACUUAUGAAAAAAUAUACUUCCGUUUCUUAUAUCUAAGCUUAGAUUUGAUUGAUUUCUCUCUUUCUCUACACCUAACCCCCUUUAUUUUUCCUUUCUCACAAAAAUAACACAAUUAGAAAUAGAAUUUCUGGGUCAUCUGUGUCCCUGUACGUCAAUCUCUAAAGUUACUUGUGUCUCCUUUCAUCACCCUUUACCCUUGAAUCCAGAAAACAGGAAUUUCUUCCAUCUCACAGUAACCUCUCUGCCUGCUCUGGGCUCUCAGCUGUCCUGUUUCUCCUCACCCCAUGAUUCACCAAUUGUGCCUUUGUUAAUUCUUUACCAUAUUUUGGCCACCAAAUUCUCUCAUCCCAACGUUAAGUCUUUGCAAACUCAUGUUCUCACAAACAUGAGCCUUUUUACAACUGUUUACUUUAAACACAUUCUCAAUACAUUUCUUAAGAGUCUGUACCAUGUCUCUGCUGCCUCUCAUUGACUCCAUUUCACUCCUCUGAUUGCUUUUUAACAGCACUAGAGGAGAAAAUCAAGGACUUUUUAAUCAGAGUGUCACUGGCAUUUAGUCUAUGACUCUCCAUCUAUCUUAUCUAUAGACUUUCUAUCAUCAUGUCACUCCUUAAAAAUCCUCUCGUCACACGAUGUUGCCAUUGCUGUUCUGUUCAUGUUCCCUUCCUAUGUUCUUCACCUCUAUUUUCAAACCUUUGCCCUUACUCCUUUGAAAAAAUCAUUUACAUCUAUUAUAAGGAUGCAAUGCUUUCAUUUUUUGCAAGAUUUAAUAUCUCUCUCUCUCCUGUGUGUGUGUGUGUGUGUGUGAGAGAGAGAGAGAGAGAGAGAGAACAGGUGUGCUAGUGUCAUAGUGCCCAUGGAGACAAAGGGAAAGUACCAGUUCCUCUAGAGCAGGAGUUACUGGUGGUUGUGAGCCACCCAAUUUGCAAGCCAGGAACUGAACUGGAGUCUUCUGAAAGUGCAACAAAUGUUCUUAACCCCUGAGCCAUGUCUCCCGCCCCUUUCAUCUUUACUGUUCCUUCCUUCUUCACUGAUGUUGGGUGAUUUCCAUCUGAGUCUUCCUCAACUACCACCCCAAAUCUUUCCUCUCCUCCAAGAAUCAGGACUUCAUUGAUACUUAGUGUUUAAGAUUUCUGCAUGCAUCUUUUCCAGGAACUCCAGUGACCAACACCUGUGUUCCCUGGAGCCCCUAGAUUCUCAAACCAUGUAUGGCACAAGAUUUAAAGUGAAGAGUUUUUGUUCUUUUUAUUCUUUGCAUUAAACCAGUAUGAAGUUCUAACCUCUUCACUACCUAGAUACGUUCUCAACUCAGGUCUCCUAUUUUGUAUUCCCUCAAGGUUGACGUUACAAUAUCAAUUGCUGUAGCAAUGAUUCAGAUUGGAGAAAGUAAAGGGGAAGGGGAGGGAGUUAGAAGCUCAUAUAUGGUGUGCUGUAAUAGAUAGCAAGGGUUUAGUUCAGUUAUGUACUGCACAGUUGGGUGAAUGUAGUUAACUACAAUGUUGUCACAUUCUAAGUGGUUAGAAGUGAAUAUUUGAGUAUAUUCAUCAUAAGUGAUCAAAAUUUAAGGUGAUGGAUAUGCUAAUCACCUCGCUUUGAUUAUUACAUCAAACAUACAUCAUGCAUAUACAUAAUAUGCAUCAUUCAACAUAUCAUGCUGUACUUGUAAAUCUGUAUCGUUAUUAUAUCAAUAAGAACACCGUUUAAAUGGGUUCCUCUUGUAACUCCUUCACUUCUGUUUCCUGCCAUUUCACUGCAUUCUAAAAUUCACCAUCUGUUACCUUUUAAAAAUGCAAUUUAAUGCCCUCACUCCUCAGCUUGAAGCCACAUACUUACUCGUCCCUGCUGUCUCCGCACGAGUAGUACAGCUUUGCUCCCUGUAUUGGUUUCCCGUGGCUGCUGUAACAAAUUACACAAGCUUGAAGUCUGAAAAUAAAGUCACACUCUGCUCAUUCUGGAGGCUGGAAGUCCAGAUCCAGGCUCAGUGAGCUGAAGCUCAAGAGGCUGACUUCAGAGAGGAUGGGAGCUUCUCAAGAUCCUGGUCUCCCUCCAUUGGCCCUGAAGCUCUUUGGACUUCUGAGCCUUGAGACUAGGAGCUAUUCAUCUACCCAACCUUGUCCACCAUUCCGGAUCCCCCCUCCUACUCUGCAAGAACUAACUAGAGUGACGCCAUUUUCACAAGGUCUUCCCAAACCCCAGGCACAGUCCUUUGCAGUGUGUUUCCCGCUUCUAUAACACUUUAUAGAUUCUUUGUAGCAUUCUUACAUUUAUCUAUAUUGUCAUUUGCUUGUAGGACUUCUCCAAUAACAGUGGCCUUGGAAGCACUAACUAUAUGUCUAUCUUGAAUUUUAAGUGUAUUUGUUUAAAAUAUUCAAAGGGCAUUAAAACAGUAUAAAAUGAAAAACAAAUCUUUUCCCUCACGUUUUCCUAGUAAUCGACUUGCCAGAGGAAAGAAGAUAACAGUUACUACCAGUUUAUUGUCUAGACAUCUGGAGUUUCUAUUCUUCUGCAUUUAUAAGUGAAUGAACAAAGUGUAGAAGAGAUAAAUUACGGUCUAGUCUUAUACGUAUGUGUGCAAUGUAUGUGUCCAAACACAUAUGUACGUAAAUGAUAUAUAAAGUCCUUUAACUCUUUUCUUUCUGAAUAUCUAUAGAAGGUAUAUCUACAUAUAGAUACAUACAGAAAGUGGUAUGUAUAUAUUCACACAUAUACACAUGUAAAGUAAUAAAUAUAGAAAAUGCAUAUGUAAUAUCAAAAUCACUUUAUUUAUAUAAGAGAGCAAACUGUCUGGCUGUUUGCUCCAAGAUUGAUUAGUGAUAAGUAUGAUAGAGUUUUAUUUUUUAUGGUGAUAACUUCCAUAUUUCUUUUCCUACAACAAAUAUGUGCCUCUUCUAUAAUAAAUUCUUAUAAAAGAUUAAAAUCUAUUUUAUGAAAAACUUGCUAUCUUCCAUUGAAAACUGAUCCAAUUAACCUACAAAUCCAAAGCACACAUAGCUCAGCAGUGGCUUGGUGCUACCCUCAGCAUUUGGGAAGCAGAUUCAGGAGGAUUAGAGGUUCAAGCCUUCCUCUGCCACAUAGCAAGUUCAAAGCCAGCCCAGAUUAUGUGAGACUCUGAAUGGAAAACAUAAAACAACACCUCUCCCUCCACACAAACCCCCACCAGGAAAAAAAAAAACACGAAAGAAAGAGGAAAGGGGGAAAAAUCCUCUGAACAUUGGCUAGAAGUCUGGAAGGAAAUGCAAAGCAUUAUGAGCAGGCUACAUUAGUGUCUAAGUCUUCAGCCCCAAGGGAGUGCGAGGCAUACAAUCAGCUCCCACAGAUUGGCCAAAGAAUGAGCCUUUCGCCUUCCCUUACUUCGGAAGAAAUAGAAAAAAAAAGCUGUAUAUAUCUAUAGAGCUCAGAAAAGUGAUCAAGAAACGGUGGUCCUUCCUCAAAUAAGUCUUGCACAGACUUAGCCUUAAUCCCCUCUAAAACAGUAAGCUCGGCUGCUUUCUUCUGGUUUUUUAAUGCUCUGCUCAGGAGCCUGUUCCCCAGGCCUUUCUUCCCUUCCAUUUCCCAAGUCACUGGCAUUGUUACUGGAGAUCGGACCUUUGACCGUCUUACCUUCCUGACCUGUGCUUCUGCUGCACAUUAGCUGGGGCCCCUAGGCUGAUGAAUUGAAAUAAGCAAGGAUUCCUUUGUGCUCUGACUGCUAGUCCACCAUGCACACUGUUAUCCAUUCACUUGUCUCCUUCCCAUGGGGAAAGCAGAGCGUGAUGCCUUCUUUUUCCUCUGAGGCUCAGCUGAGAGUUUUGUCACAUUAUUUUAGAGGCAAAGAAGUCUGAUCCACCUAGGUGACAUUGUAUCCCCUGAACUCAGGACCAGGUUUUCCAUGUUCCUCUGCGUUGCUUGUGUGUGGUCUUGGUCUUAGAUACAUUUACCUGGUCCCUUUCCCAGGAUAGACAGACCUCUGCUGCAGCUGUCCCAGAACAGGGAUAGUUCAGCAGUUAGCCUUCAGAUGCCAGACCCAGUGCAGGUCAGCUGAGAAUGAAUCUUAUGGAUUUUAGAAUGGUGUGGUUUUCAGGCUAAUGCCCCAGACUGUAAUGCAUGCCUUGACAAUAUGACCAAGCUAAAGACACAAACUUACAGAAAUCUGAUGAAAAGUCAUCAUUACAUUUUCUGUAAUGUUUUGUUUUACGACCCUUGGGUUGCAAAUCAGCUCCAAAGGCCCUUUCUGUGUAUAUUUGCAACAACAAAGUUAGCACACAAGUAGCAAAGCAAUUAUGGCAUAUGGCUAUUUUCUCUAAAUGAUUCAUUUAGUCAUUCAGCAAACGUUUGCUAAGGGUCUGCUUAAUGUAAAGCCAUGCAGUAAGCUGAGCAUUGACCAGGAGGUUUAUGCUGCUCUGUAGCAUCCACGGGUUUGAAGGAGGAGCCGCCAGAGCUAAGUAUGGCUAUGCCAUAGGCAGAGCCUCUAAAGGAGACUCUAAGCUUUCUAAACAUGUGUGAGCAUCUAGUUUGAGGCUUCUGGUCCCUAGGUUCUGAUACAAUAAAUCCAGAGUAAACUGGCUAUGGAAGUUGAGAUAGGAUGUUAUUAAGAAUAAUAUUCCUCAAUAGUGACUGUGUUGAAUGCUUGUUCUGAGCGAGGUAAUCUGUUAUGUACACAAUGUAGCCUUUCUCAUUUAAUUUUCUAGCAAACAGAUCACUUAAGUCCUACCCUUCCCAGUCUAUAGAGAGAAAUUCUCUCCAGAGCUUCAGUAAUUUGCAUCACAGGACUAAUAAGAAGCAAGUCAGGGUUAGAAAGAAUGCCUACAGGGCUAGGGAGAUAGUCGAGUAGGUAAAGUACUUUCAAACAAGCAUGAAGACCAGAGUUCAAUCUUUAGAACCCACAUUAAAAAAAAUAUAAAAAUGAUUUUAAAAAGCUGGGUAGGACAAUGCAUGCUGGUAAUCUCAGUUGUGAAGGGGAUGAACAACAAAACUCCAGAAUUUGAUGGCAGAGUAGCCCAACAUCUGGUGUGUACCAAGCCAGUAGAGACUCUCAUCUCAUUAGACAAGGAAAAUGACUCUUGAGGGAUAACAUCCAAAGUUAACCUCUGGCCCUCAAACACACAUAUGUUUACAUACCUGUGCUUGCACAUGUAUGUGUACAUGUGCACACACACACACGUUAUUUUACUCACUGGACAAAUACUGAAAACGGCUUCAUGCAUGUUACCUAACAAGUUUGAGAACACAAAAGGGUUCAAGGUGAGAUCAAGAAAUCACUGAAGUCGGGAAACUGAUCUACCUUGGUGAUCCCACCAAGGCUAGAUAUCCAGUCCUGCUAGGUGCAUGGUGAAUGUACUGACAUUUUCUCCAAUUUUCUGGAUUUACAGAAAUUGUAGAAAUUACUUUGCAUCAGGAAAACUAGUUCCACUAGUUCCCCAAUCCCAGCAAUGAUUCUCAAAGUGUAGAGUGUAUUGUAUAUCAUCUUGUUAAAAUGAAAACUGACUCAGUAAGUCUAGGUGAAGCCUCAGAUGCUGCACUACCAGCCAGCUCCCAGAUGAUACCAAAGCUGUUCAUUCCAGGAACACAUUGUGUAUACAUUCUCAAAAAUCAGCAGGCAGAAUGUUCUCCCAUCAUCCUAUGCAACAAACCACUGGUACGCUCCCAGGUUCUCUCCUCCUGCCCUGUCUACAAAGGACUGGUACAGACUAGAAGACUAACCUUGGACUUUGUUUUGCAUAAGCAAUUGAUUAUUGAGCUUGUGUACAGAAGCAACUGGUAUACAACAUUGGACUAUCUUAAAUACUCAGAUAUUAAAGGGAAUUAGAAAUAUACAACUGUCUGGAAUAACAGUUUUAGCUUUGUAUUAUAUUCUAGGCAAUACUGUCUUCAUCUGACUAUCUCAAGAAAACUAGAUUUCUUGAAACAGUAUUUAAGAGAGAUGGUCAUUUUUUUCUUCACUCUGAGAAUCACAAAUUGUCAGAGUUUCAUAUUUUAGCCUGGAUACUAUUUUGGUUGAUAGGACAGCUCUGGUGUCUAGGUCUUGUAAUAGAGAAGUGGCAUAUUUUUCAUGCAAUCUUAUGGUUGAUUUGUGAUGAUAUUAGUUACUGAUCUCAUUCUGUAACCAAACAGCUGAUAAAGGCAGCUCUGAGUUUCAGAUGAUGUGACCCACCACAGCAGUGGAGCUGUAGUGGCAGGGUAGGAAGUGGCCUGUGACAUUGUGCCCAUAGUCAGGAAGCAGAAGAGGGAUCAAUAUUGGUGCCAAGUCAUUUUCUUUAUUCCGUUCUCCAGCCAACACAAUGCGAUAUAUCUCACACGUUUAGGGUGGGCCUUUCCACCCCAUUAACCUAAUCUAGAUGACUCCUCACAGAUAUACCCAGUGGUCUAUUUAUUUGUUUGUCUUUAAAUGACUUCAAAUUGGCAAUCAAGAUUACCCAUUACAGUUGUACUCUGGGUUGUUUUCAGUUUGUACAAAUAUGUAAACUUCACUUUUGCAGCUUGAUGGAUUGCUUCCUAAGGAUGGUUUGGGAUUUAUCCAUUUAUUUCUCCAGGAGCUUCUGUGUAUUUAGACAUUGGUCUAGGCUGUUGUGUUAGAAUGGCAGCUCAUCCAGGCAGAUCACAUCAGGCCAGAGCACUGCCAUGGGAGAGAGGUUUACUGGGGGGUGGGGUGGGAACAAAAGAAAGGCAAUGAAGAAGGAGACAGAGAGAGAAGGCCUGAGGGCUCUGCCUUUUGUUUAGGCCAUGACAAAACCACAUGCAGCACUGUACACCUCUGGUGCAGGUGAGGGUAGGCAGGUGACUGUUUGGCGGUCACCAUGGCAACAGAUGCAUGCAUCCCUGUUGCUUAUGUGUGAUGUCACUGGAUUCAGAAGCUUGCUUCUGAUGCCAGCAUAGGCAUUGUGUAUAUGAUGAAUGAGACAGAAGAAAAAUCUACCGUUAUGGAGUUUAUGUCCUAAAGAGAAGGGAAAAUCAGCAGGUAGCAACUGAAUGAAAGCAAUGGCUUCACACAGAAAUAUAUGCCAUGAAGAAGCUAAAGCAGCUGGUAUGCUACAGGAUAACUAGAAAAUUGGUGACAGAUGAAGUUGAUAGGUAUCAAGAAUCAUCCAGUGACAAUGAUGAGGGGUGGUUCUAAGUUGAAACCUGGAGUAUAAGAUGGAGCUGACCCUGUAACUACCUAGGUACAAGGGCUAGAGAGAUGGCUCAGUGGUUCGAAGAACUUAUUUCUCUUGCAGAGGAAUCAGGUUUCCUUCCCAGUACUCAUAACCACCUAUAACUCCAAUUCCAGGGAAUCUAUUGCACAGAUAGCAUUCAGACACAUAAAAAUCUAAAAAUAAAUAAAUAAAUAAAAUUAUAGACCUGAGGGAAAAAUAAUCUAGGCAGAUGCAAGUAGCCUAUAACAGCCAUAUAGCCUUUCUCCUUAAUUUCCAUAGCUCCUCAAAUAAUAUAGUGCACACAGGCAUGAAAACAUUAAUAUUGAUCAUCACUAUGACAAAAAUCUAAGAUCCUCCAGGAGCAAGCCUCUGAGUAUAUCAGUGAGCUAAUUUCUAAAUUAGAUCCAUUGAGAUCAGAAGACUCACUCUAAAUGAGGGGGGUACAUUUCUCCUGGUUGGGAUUCUGGAUUUAGUAGAAAGAGAAAAGCAAGCAGAACAUCAGCUCUCAUUUCUCUGCUUUCUGGAUGUAAUCCAGUGAGCAAUCACGUCAAGACUCCACCCCCGUGACUUUCAUACCACAAUAAACGACACCCUCAGACUGUGAGCCAGAAUUGAACUUCUGUUUUAAGUUGCUUUUGCUCUGCGUUUUUGUCUCAGCAGCACUUAAAGCAACUAGCACAAGAAGUUGCUAUGAAAAAUACUGGGCCAUGAAACAACAUGACUGUGGAGAGGAGAGAUGGUUGGAUUCUGUAACACAAUUUAAAGAAACUCCGCUUAUGGCCAAAUGUGCUCUAUUCACCAGAUUCAACAAUGUAAAACGUGGAAAAUGUGUUUGCCUCACUUAAUUUUAUCCAACAUAUACCAUGGUCUGGAAAGAAUGGUCUAGACACAGGAGAGAAAUGCAUAUGGCUAGAAGCUUAACAAUACAAUGUACCAAUUUGGGUGGCUUUUUAUCUUGAUUAAGCUUUGGGAUGAGUUCUACAACUAAUUACCUCUACAGGAAUUAUGUUAGAGGAAAAAAAAAUCACAAGAUAAUGGGUGAUUCGGGAGGAGAGACAGUAUCAAAUGGGAGAUCCUGAAUAUGGCAUCACUGGGCUGUACACAGCUCUGUGGGAUGAGCACUGUUUCUUCAGCCUGGCAUGUUCAUCUUCUCCGUAGCAACAAGCCAAGGUGAAAGGCUCUGGAGUGGGAUACCAGAGAACCAGGGUCCUUUGUCUCAGCUGAGCUAUUAGCUAGACACCUUGACCUUGAAGAAAUUACCUAGCCCUCUUCAAAAUAAUGUUCCUGUCUCUAUAAUAACAAACUUGAAAUUAGAUUACACUUAAGAGUUUCUUCUACUUCUAAUGUUCUGUGACUCUAUAAACUCGGCAAAUGAUUUCUAUUUCUGAUAACAUAAUGCAACAUUUAAUAAUGCCUGACUCAAGGCUAAAUAGGUUAAUUCAACUGUGCUGCAAUAGGAGUUUAAUGGAGUUGCUUGCAGCAAGGGUUCAGUGUUUGACAGAAUUACAUCAGAUUUUUCUUUCACAUGUGGCUGAUGAGAUGUUUGCUAACUGGCUGUGGGCCUCAGUCUCUGUGUCUGUAAGAUAGGGCUAUUAAGCUGGGUUAUACAGUUAUAGACGGAAUGGAUUUAUGUUUCAUAUGGGAAGAAAAAUAUCUGCCGGUUUUGUGCUUGCUGCACCAAGACUUAGAUUACUACUGUUCCCUCUGUUGUUCUUAUCACCAUUUUCAUGAAAUAUGAAGUUCCUCUCCUUACUUUUGAGCAGAAUAGCCACAGAUAAAAACUUUUAAAGGUUCUUCAGUAAAGCCUACCCCUUCUAUCCCCAAACAAACGAUGUCUAUUUCACAAGUGACAAAUCUCCUACAAACAAGACUCCUGUGAAGUAGGAUGGAACCUCUAUCUCACAGGAGUCCUUUUGAAGGAAGGGUUGUGAACACUGGCUCCCUGUGGAAUAGGGUGCCCAGGGAAGCCCUCUGAGGAAACACAGGGGUGCCACCGCCUUUUAAUGCUUAGGAACCUUUGAAGCUCCCUCUAAGCAGAAACAGCUAAUGGAAUAUUCAGAGGCACAGGCCUUUCCUUUUGAAAAAAACAAAAAACAAAAAAACAAAACCCCAAAACAACAACAACUGUGUUUGUUUCUUUUAAUUGGCAUACAAAGUAAUGUGUUCCAUUAUGGCAUUUUUAACAAUUCUUUAUUCUUUAGUCUUUCCUUCUUAUUUCCUCUUCUGUACCCCCCUCCCAUUGGGGCCCUUCCCCUUUCCCUUUUCUGUUUUCAUGUCACUUGUAUUCUAUCACCUCAAGGUUUCUCCCUCUUUAGCCCCAUUUCCAGCAUUCCGGCACACACACCCAUGUAUACAUAUACAUAUAUAAAAACUAAAAUCUAGAGUGCACAGGAGAGGAAACAGUAUUAUUGUUCUGAGUCAGGCUUAUUAUUCUUUACACGAUGGUUUCUAGUUCCAGUUGUUUUCCUCCAAAUGUCAUGAUUUAAUUUUUUUUCUAAAUGAAUAGAAUGACAUUGUAUAGAUGUACCUUUUUUUUUUUUUCAUUCAGUUGUUUGUUGAUAGGCAUCUGGGCUGCUUCUGUGUCUUGGCUAUCAUAGCAAUAAACAUGGAUAUUGAGGUAUCUCUGGGGUAGGACACAGGCUCCUUUUGGUGGGUUGUUUUAAAGAUUUUGAGAAAUUUCCAUAGUAGUGUCUGCACAGCAUACAAUCCCAUUAGCAUCAAAUGAAGCUUCUUCCCCUACAUCCUCACAAGCAUCCAGAAGUCAAAGAUUGCUAAGAGAUCUCUGCAUCUCUCUCUACAUCUAUACAUUUCCAGCUUCUCAACCCCACAUCUUGCAAAUGUGCCAUACCAGGUGCAGCCUUUAGCAUGUACCCAACAGCUUUCUUCAAAUGGAUGUGUGUAAAACUGCCUUCUUCUUCUUCUCCUUCUCCUUCUCCUUCUCCUUCUCCUUCUCCUUCUCCUUCUCCUUCUCCUUCUCCUUCUCCUUCUCCUUCUCCUUCUCCUUCUCCUUCUCCUUCUCCUCCUCCUCCUCCUCCUCCUCCUCCUCCUCCUCCUCCUCCUCCUCCAUUCUCCUUCUUCCUUUUCCUCUUCCUCCUCUUUCUCUUCUUCUUCCUCCUCCUCUUCCUCUCCCUCUGCCUCCUUCUCCUCUUCCUUGUCAUAUUUUCUAAGAAAAACACCUGGAUAUUGUUCAAGACAUCACCUCUAAACAUCUCCCCAGCCCUAGCCCUGCUCUUCCAUACUCCAGAGGCAACUUGCUCCAAGAACCCACCUUCCUUUCAGAUCUCCAAAGGUCAUCAUCACAUGUGGGAGUUGUCAUGGUGAUGGGAAGUUUGGGUGAUUAUGUCCUGUCUGUAAAUUUAGCACUAAAAGAUCAGGCUAGACUGGAAAAGGCAGUAAUUUGAUAAUAUGAGAGAAUAGACGUCACUAUCAGCAACAGGUUCAAUUUGCUUGUAGACCCUCAGUUUGUGAUUGUUUUUCUGAGUUAGGGGUUACCAGUCAGUAUUAUAGGAGAUCUGCAGUAGGCUUUUCUUCUGCCACCUUCCAGAUCCUCUUUUGGAAUUACUUUUUAACUUUUUAUUUUGAAACAGAAUUUCUCUGUGUAACCCAGUCUGGCUCCUGUCUUCUUAACCCUGUCUCACAGGACCUAUGAUUUCUAGGUCACAGGAGAACCCCCUUCCUGUAAGUUCACAUUAGUGUGGUCACAGGCUAUUUCUAAAAAUGUUUUCAGGUUAUGUCCUAUGGUUAUCAGAGACAGGGUUUUCUUUAAUUUUAUAGAACUCAUUGGAAGUUGGUUCCAUUAAUGUGAAAGGGACCUCAGGGUUGGCACAUAACACCCAGAUACCAAAUUCUCAGUGCGAAGGAGAUUUAUUACCUUGGAGGGGCAAGAAGGGUGUAACGCCUUCUGAUCUGGUAAAAAACAGAAACAGCAUUUCUGCAGGAGUAGUUUUUUAAGAAGAUAAAAAAAAAGUCUGUGUUAGGAUAAGUUGAUAAGUCCUGACUCAACAUGUUAGCCAGAGUUGCCAAAUAAUGAGUUUUGACUGCCGGACCUUUGUGUUUUGAUAAUUAAAACUUCGACUUUAGACCGGGCGUGGUGGCUCACUCCUUUAAUCCCAGUACUCGGGAGGCAGAAGCAGGCAGAUUUCUGAGUUCAAGGUCAGCCUGGUUUACAAAGUGAGUUCCAGGACAGCCAGGGCUAUACAGAGAAACCCUGUCUCCAAAAACAAACAAAUAAAAACAAAAACAAAAACAAACCCUUGGACUUUUAGUCAGGCAUAAGAAAGUGGUCAAAUAAGGGGAUAGGCCUUGGUGGCUAGCUUUAGGGAUGUAAUCUAAAGGUUUAGCAAGGAAGAGGGAAGGGAAGAGGACAAGACCUAUGGACAUCAUGUUUGCCGGGCUUGGGCCUGUUAGAGAGCCCUUUGGACAAAAGAUAUUUUUAAAAUAAGGAAUUAAAAAUACAUAAGAAAAUUUUAAACAUAAAUGUUUAGGACAUUCGCAAAAAAAUAUAUAGCAAGUAAAUAAUUUUUUCAAAGGAAGUUAGGGACAUCAUUUUCAAACCUGGUCCCAGUGGCUAGUUAGCAACUGUUUGAAAUGUAGAUUGCUCAUGUUACAACAGCCCCAAAGCCCUGGUCUACCUCUUUCAUCUGUGCUACUGAUAGGGAUGGUUUUCCAAUCACACCCACUUCUUUCCUUAAACUCUCUCUACAGGGAACACUGAGAGUAAACUUAACAGCUGUCUAGUCAUUCAUUAUCUUCAGGAAAGAGCUUGUGGUUCCUGCCAAGGGUCCCUCAGAAGACAAGGAAAGCUGGUGCAAGGUUCAGAGCAUACUCCUUCCUGAGUGAGUGCUUUGUCAGAGAGCCCAGUUUGUCACAUAGAUGGUGUUUUCAUGGGUGUCCUUGAUGGGAUGAACUACAGGGAUGCACAGGAGCUUGAGAGGAAGGUUUGAGCGAAGGAAACUGACUGACAAGCAUUUUAAGAUCGAGUGUUGCUGGGGCUGUCCUGGCCACGCUAAGACACGUAGUCAUCGAGCUGGCCUCUGGCUCAGGUACCCUGAAAGCACUAAAGCCAGUUUUGCUAGUGUCUCCUUACAGCACCCUAUAAUUUAAAAGGAGCUGACUGUUCCAUUAAGUCAAGUAACCUCAAAAAACCCACCACUAUAUUCCACUCAGGCAGGGCAAGCAUGAACUUACGGGUCUUUAAUUUAGAACAACUGAAAAGUGGGGUCCUUAUUUAAAAAAAAAAAGCAAGGCAAACAUAAAGCAAAAGAAAGGUAGAAACAUGUCCCUCUCCAGUUCAGUAUCUCAAAAUAUAAAAAAUCUGCCAAUCAAAGCUCAUGUUUUAGAGGUGAAAUGUAAGUGCCAGCAGCAAAGAGAAAGCAUGAUUGGUGACAGUGGCAAUCCCUUGGCAUUUUUAUCUUUCUGUGGGGCUUUGCAGUCUUCCCCACAGAGGGGGCUUAUACAGUCAUGGUAUAGUCAGUCUCUAUGUGCCUCCGCUGCCCAGGCUGGCAGCCAUGCUGCCUCCUGUCCAUCUGUGGAUUACAGUGGUAAUUUGCUCUGUGAUACUGAUGUGUUGGGGGCCUUUAGGCUCUAUGCACUUCCAUUCAAUGCCUUUACUCCUUUUCUUAUCAAGCAGGCAUCAUUCCACUCCUUGCCACUUCCCCAAGUGAUGUCAGAGAUUCUGCUCACAGUGGGUUCAGGCUGGCUAUUGGCCACAGUAAUGGGAUGGGGAUAAUCAGGAAACAUGGCUCUCUGAAUUCUUCUACCGGGUUACGUGGGGAAUAAAGUGUGGAUCCUCUGAACUGUAUUCAAUAUCUUCCCCCAAGGGUCAUCAGUAUGUCUGGGUUCAUAUAGAUCACAUACCCUGUACUUGCUGGGUUGACAGAGAUCACGGGGGGGGGGGCACAGAUAAACAGAAAUGAAAAAAAAAAAAAGAAAAACAACAGUGGAAUUGACCUUUCUUUUCAACUUUUUAAAAAAAGUCAUUCAGUGAAGAGUCUCCAACUUAUGGCUACUGGACAAACAAUACUGUAUAAGGGAAGCGAUAACUACUUUGCAAGAGCUAGAGGUCAUGGGAGAGGUGUGAUAUAAAGAAGUAAAUAUACUGCAAAGGAUUAUGGGUUUUGAAUUAGCUAUGGAGGGAAUGAUUAAAGUCAGGCUGCCCAGGUUAGAAAGGAUCAGGUAAGGUCCAGCUGAGUCACUGAAUGUGCCAAGCUAUGUAGGAUGAGCUAGGUAGGGGAAAGGCAUCCAUGGGGGACAUAAUGGCCAGUAGGAAUUUUUAAGGUGGGACAGGGUAAUAUGAGCAAUGGGGCAGAAGCCUGGCUUGAGAGGAUGGAGUGACUGAGGAUUGACAUUCAGAGGCGUGCAGUCCCAUCCAGAACAUUAGGGAGGGGGUCACUAACCCGAGGUCCAGGUCUCCUCUGCACCAGGUAAAAUGGCUUAAGAGAAGUCAGAACUGGCACAAGAACAACAUCACAGCAGUAUCUUGGCAGUGGACGAAGACAGCAAAAAGGAGUCCUGUGUUUGCUUUUAAGAAAGUAGUCCCUAGAAAAACUUGGUGAUGGGGUGAAUUUGGGAGGAAGGGGCAAGGGGAGAGAAGCCAAAAGUAGUUUCUUGAUAUAUUUGUUUAAGUAACUGAUUGUCUGAAAGAAUCACUUACUAAUUUGGGAGUGACUGGACCCAACAGGCAGAAGAGGACUAAGAAAAAAGAGCUACAGGUAGACCUGGAAAUUUUAAGCUUCCAUAGAGACAUCCAAAUGAAGAGUGGCAGGUUUGGAACACAGAGGGAAGGUCAGAGGCACAAAUACAGAUCUGCAGUGCCCGAAGGCCUAAAGGUUAGGGUAUAUGAGCCUGCCAAGGAGAAAAAGAGUAGAUCCAGGGCUCAACUCUAGGGUGCCCUGGUUAGAGGUUCAGUGGAAGAAAUGGGUAGGCAUCAAAGGGGACUGUAGAGGGAGGCCAGGAGGUGAAAGUGCAUGGGAGAUUGUGAUAUCUAAGUGUGUAAGCAGCUAUGUCUUCUCCUAAUGAGACUGAUAAUAACACUACGAAAGCAGAAUGGACUACCUGUCCUAGACAACCAUAAAGUACCAUAACUGAGAAAACCCUAAAUCAUAAUGAUGAUGAAAUGCAUAGCCAGAAAUUUGAAUUUAUUAGUGUUUUCACAUCUAAAGUGUUUCUUACCACCUUAUGAUGUAAGGAAGCAAGUUACAUCUUAAGAUACUGUUUGGCCAAGGGAGUAUAUACAUUGUUUUCAUUCACAAAGGUGCAGUUUUGAUUUGAACUCCUAAAGAGCAGAAGUUCAGAGCUGUCCCUUGAGAUCUCACAAGAGUGAGUAGGUUUUCCCCCAUCCUAUCAUGGUGGCAGAGGAGCCGUUUCUCACACGGGACAUCAUCCAGAGACCCAGUGUUUUUUAUGUUCCUAUGACUCUAUCUCUUCCUCUCUUAGAAGUAUAGCACUCCUACCUAGCUCUAGAGGGGAGGAUCCAAAGCCCACAGGUGAAGCCUCUAGCUUGCGGGUCACAUAGAGAGUAGAACUGAAACUGGGGCUGUGUCUGGAUUACCUGUCAUCCUAGUCUCAGUGAACUAUACAUUUGUCUCUACUUGUCUCCUAAACAUGCCUAUUAUCUAAGCAUGUCUCCUUGUUGUUUCUGGAUGUGCCUUGAAUGCCACUUCCUUCCAGGAGGAUAUCAGAUCAGUGAUGAUCACUUGCUUGACAGUUGUAUUGUUGCUAGGCAAUAUUAAGAUGACAGCAGCAGAGAAGAGAGUCAUUACUCUUCUCCUUUCUCUCCUUGUCAUCACACUGUUACAUUCUGCACAUAUCGGCACUAAGUGUGGAUGGGGGUCCAGACCUGCACGAAAUGCUGGGCGUUAGGGUACACUGACGAAUCAAAAGUAGGCACUGCCUUCAAGUUGUUCACAAGAUAGCUAGGCAGUAAUUAAUAAAUAAGAAGUUACAGUGUUGUGUGGGGCUACUGAUGGUGUGAAAACUGAAAGAGCAGGAUAUGGUCUAGCCUGGUUCAGCUUGAGAAAGACAAACAUUGUCUGAACUGAGUGAUGGAGGUGAAGGAACCUCAAUAUUGCCAACCCCAGGAAGGGCAUCUAAACUGGUCACAGGUCUAGGCUGUGAAUCCAGGAAGUGAAGAUACCUGCUCUACAUGGAGCACAUGGAGCCUGAAGUGAGGUGCAGGGGCCAGGUUUAAGGGCCAGCCAGCAAUAUCUUCCUGUGUGUUGUUUGUCUUUUGGUCACUUUAACAUUACUGAAAUAUUUCAGCAGGAAAACUUGCGAUCUGAUUGUGCUUUAGGAAGGUAGAACUAAUAACAUCCUGGGGAUGACUGGAGGGAGAGGAACUGUAGAAGGUGAGCAUCCAACAACAUUUUGGAGUAGGGGUGGUAGGAAGUGAUGAAGGCCAGGAUAGGUAAAGGGAAAACCAAUGUCCAGUGGACUGUGGGUGUGACAGUAGUCGAGGGGAUUCUGCCAGGUUAUGAGCCUCUCUGAGUAUGGAGGGCAUGGUUGUGGGGAACCAUAGCAGAGCAUAACAUAGGGAAUUAUCCAAGACACAAAUGAAGCCACCAUAGGCCCUGCAAAACUUCCCAAGUCAACAUUUAGUAAGACUGCAAAGGCAUUAAACUGACAUGAUUUUCUGAGUACCAGAACUGUGUUCUGUGACAGCUUAUUUCUGGAUGCAGAAGAGGCUGGUAAUAAUGAAGGCAGUGGCCUAGUUAGCUUUGUCAAUUGACCUAGUGUAGAGUUGUCUGAGAGGAAACCUAGACUGAGAAACUGCCUAGAUCAAAUUGGCCUAUGGAUAUAUCUUUAUUAUUAACUAAUCCAGAAGAGUCCAAACUGCUGUGGGUAUCCUUAAGCAGGUUGUCCGGGGCUCUAUAAGAAAGCUAGAUAAGCAUAAAGCUGCUAGUGAACCAGAGAGAGAGAGAGACAGACAGAGAGACAGAGACAGACAGAGACAGAGAGAGGCAGAAAAAUGUAGAGAUGCAGAGAGACUGAGGGAGACAGAGAGACACAUAGAAACAGAGGGAGACAGACAGAGGCAAAGACAGAGACAAAGAGAGCCAGUAAGCAACUUUACUAUGUGAUUUCUUCCUCCAGUUUCAGGACUCCAGGUUCCUGCCUUGAUUUCCCUCAGUGUUUGAUUGUGGCAUUGAAUUUCAAGCCAAACAAACUCUUUAUCCCCAAGUUACUUUUGAUUAGUAUAUUAUCAUAACAACAUAGAAGGAACUAGAACAAAAAACAACGUCACAUUCUGGGUUUAGAGAGAAGGCACCUUUCCUGGUCUCCCAAGCUUCAGGCACAUCAUCUUGAGAUAGAUGGAAGAAACAGGAAACUGAUAAUCGUAUUAGCUACCAGUGCUGUAGUGAUAAUCCCAAGUUCAAGGUAUGUACCUUGAACCUAGCCCAUGUCACGGUCCUAACACACCAUUGAACCACUAAACAGACUCAUGUGGUCUAAGACAUGGGGAAGGAUCAGCAGAAUUUUUUGAAAACCCUGGUUUCCACUAUCAGGUUACUGUGUGCAUUGUAGUAAAAAUUCUAGUGUGCCCCCCUCAAGCCAUUUAAGUAGAGAUGAACUGGGAACGUGGGUGAGAGACUGAGAACAAUUAAGAGGACAUUCAGGCUUGUAAAGAGAGCAAACUCUCUCCUGCAGCAGCUAGCAGUCAUGUUUGAUUCUUGCUAUUCCAAGCAUAUGUUUCCUUGUUAUCUUUUAAUUGGUUUUUAUUCUAAAUUUAACACUAAACGGUUCUUGAUGGUAGCAACUGUGAGAACUAGCCUGGUGCAUGUCAAUUCCAGGGAUGUAUAAGACAUCAGGACUUUAACCAUGCUUCCCUUCUCCUCCCCACAUCGCGCCAGCGUGCAUUAGGAGGCAAGAGAUUGCUCAUUGCGCCCUUUCCUGCCUGUGUUGUCAUGUUUAUAGAUGUCAGGUUCUAGGGAACAAAGGCAGAGGAGUAAUCUAAAAUCCGAAUGAUACCACCGGAAGCUCUGUAGAACCAGAGGCGAAUGCCAAUAGACUGGAAGCUAGUAUCAGCAGGCUCACAGUACAUGAAAUCCAACCAGGACUUCUUAAAGUGGUGAGAACAACUCAGGAAAAAAAAAAGAAAAACAAAACAAAACAAAACAAAACCAAGAAAAAACACAGGUUGUCAGGUGUUCUGGAGUCAGCUGUAAAUGUCUGAUACUGAAGACCUUGCACAUGUGUAAUGUGAAAGGAAGGGUUAGGCUGUGCUAGGGAGGUUGUAGUUAGAUCCUUGCUAGCUACAUAAUCUUCAAAGUGACAAAGCCCCUGAUCCUUAGAGUUUUCAUCUACAAAAUGGAAUAAUAAAAAUACUGUGUACAGGGAAGGUCACAAGGCCAGUAGAGUCCUGGGCCAUGGUAGGUUCUGAAUAAUGAGGUUCUUAGGACUUUUCUGAAGUCAAUUUCAUAGUACAUGGGUUCAACAAGGUAUUCUUCAAGAGUUGAGGUCAAUGUUCAAAUUAUUUUCUCCCAACACCACAUGCUAUAUUUCCUCCUAUAGACAUUAGAAUUUUAAAGGUUUUUAGAAGAUUUAUGAGAUUUGAAGCCUUUUAAGCUUAAUUUUGACACAAGCUCUCUUACCAUCUCAAAGCAUGAAACCCUCUGUGGUUGCCUUUUAUUUAAAUAAUGUUGUUAAGGUAUUCCAGACAAAAGAACCUUCUUGGGUUCUGUAAACCAAAGUUCUAUAAAACUACAUCAAACAAAUCUGAGUUUUUGCUGCUAUUUAGCUAAGAAAGAGAGAUCUGUCACUCCUCAGCUGCGUCAUGGACUCCUCUCCUUUCUCCUAAAGUAGCCCUUUGGUUUGUCUUUCAUUCAUUGCACACAGCAACUAUGGAAGUCUGCCUCCCAGACCUUUAAGCCUGAGUGGCUGUCCUUGUCUUUUGGCUGGUCUCUCCUUCACUUGCUCAGACCUCUGUGGGCUGAAGUCAUGAUGCUGCAUCAUUUACCUCCAUCAGUCCCCUUGUCAGGCUCCCUUAGCUUCUAGCAAGUGUUUUUCUCCAAACUGUAACUUCACCUCUGUUACUGCUCUGGUUGUUAGGAGCCUGUCUCAUGGCUUAUCAUGUGACUUUAAUAUCUGUUCUUUUCUCAGUAACAUGUUUGUGUCACAGAGUUAAACUAAUAACUUUGUAGCAGCUCUCUUCUUUGUGAGUUUUGACUCCCCUCUGUGAGGAAUAUACUGUGCCCUAGCAACCUAGGGAGCCUCUGCUCAUUCUACAAAAUGUGGUCCUCCAUUUAUUCCUGAGAGCCUCUCCUGCCCCCAGUGAUAUAUUUUGUGGGGAGAAUAAGAAAUCCCUGUACCCUUCUGCGUUCUGGAAGAGAUACCUUUCUCUCUGAUACAUGAACUUGGCAAGACACCAUAUUUAUGUUUGAUAAGGUUGUAAGGCCAACUACCAAAUUCCUCUUCUUUGUCUCAUAAAUGAUUGGCUGGAUUGCUUGUAAUCAUCAACCAGUAGGAAUGAAAUGGUUGUUAAUCAACAUUUGAUUUAGAAUCUUCUCUUCACCUUCUGAGCUCUGGCCUACCCCCAGGAUGAGCCAGUAUACAGCUAGCCCAGAGCCGAAGCUGACCUCAGAUCUAUCCAAUUAUAGCAUUCCCACACACCAUAUUAUCUCUAGCUUUGUUUACUUCUCUCUAUAAAAGAAAAAAGCCUUUCCACGUAACUUGAGCAACUUGCAGACUUUCAUCAGCGUGUUCUCACUAUGGAAAUGACUCUUCUUUCUCUAUUACAACAAUACUCAUGCUACUUCUAUCUUGGCAAUAAUCCUUUUGAAUAAAUCACUGAUUAUUAGUCCAAAAUUAUUUUUUUAUUUGAUUGAAUACACUCCAAGGACAUAGAUAAUAUUUAAUAAGAAGAAGCUGGAAUGAUUUUAUUAUCAUGUGUUUCUUGGUCUUCUAUGCUACGUGGACUAUAAAUUCUCUGAGGAAGGAUAAUUUACUGUGGGAACUCCCCACUGGGCCCAGCCCAGAGCUGGACGCAGGGCUGAUCUGUAAUAGAUCUGUCCUAACUGAUGAGUCUGUCUGUGUCAUCAAAGAGCUGAGAGCUCAGGGUGAGUCUACAUUUAUGAGACUCCCACAAACAGUUGCAAGGAUAGGUUAGCUCUGUUCAGAGAAAGAAAAUGAUCUAAGAAGGCUGGAGACCACCACUGGGGCAAUCAUACCAAAUGGUGGAGAGAACCUGACAAUCUCCACCUUUCCUCCAUCUCCUCUAGUAUAGAAAAUUGAUUUUAAACAAGAGAACGCAAAGAAGCCAAGCAAGAGGGAAUUGUGCCUCAAAAUGGAGAGAAAAAUAAAGAGAGAACUUAGUGACUUGGACAAUCCUCUCUCUAAGCGUUUUCACCACCUGCCGCAGUUAGACAACCUCCCACAUAAGGCUCUGGCCCACCAUGGGAGAUGGGAGACUUUGCAAUAGAUACUGGAAGACUACUUUUUUCCCUUCAAAUUUGAGGGUAAUAUUCUGGAAAUAAAAUUCAUUGAGUGUUAUAUCCAUCCCUGCCAUGACUUGCUAAAGAGAGAUCAUGAUGUACACAGGAUUCCAAAUUGACUCUAGGGGGAGAGAACCAACCAUCACAAGCAAACCUUGUAUUCUUAGUUAGGAAAACUCUUGGAUUUCAAUACACCACUGGAAAACACAAACAAACAGAAAACAUUCAUUGCAUCACCUCCAUGCAUUCCUGGCCAUCAUGAGGAGACAAUGUGGCUCAGUAGUUUAGACAAGACCUUUGAAACCCACAUGACCUAAGGUUUCUACCUGGAAGUCUGGUCAAUGAAAAUAAUGAUUGCUGCCUCAAAAUCAAAUCUAAGAAUCCAUUGAUGGUAGGUAUAAUAAAGCCUUUUUUUGUAGUAAAACAUCAUCAGAGAAGAGGUUGAUAGCAAACUGUGACCCAUAUGCACUUCUUGCCUACUUCUAGCUUUUAAGUAGCCUGCAAGCUAAGAAUAGUAACAGCAUAUUUUGAAAGCUUUAAAAUGCAAAUAAAACAGAGAACAAAGCUGGCAACAUGUGAAAACUAUGUAUAACUAUGUAUAAGCUAUGAGGUUUUAGGAUCUGUAAGCAAGGGUUUACUGAAACAAAUGUGUCCUUUUGCUAAAUAUCUGUAUUUAUUUCUGUAGUCCCUGGAUACUGUGGAGGUGUAACCUCAAAGACCAAGUUUCCCAUAAAACCUAAACUAUGUUCAUUCUUGUCCUUUAGAGAGAGGGCCUGUCACCUCUGCUGUCAAUAGCAAUACCUUUGUCCUAGAGGAUGCUUGCAUCCUGUAAGUCCUGUCCCAGAAGCCACUCAAAUGUCCCCUCUCACUCUAACCACUCUGAUGGCAUCUGCCCCUUACAUGGUCCAUUUUUUAAAAUGCCAUUUAUAUCUUCUGUGUCUGUAUUCACUCAUCUGGGAGAUAAUAGAUCCUUUGAAUGCUCACAUUACAUAUAAUUCAUUUUGGGAUAUUCAGAAAAGCCAUAGAGUACCUUGUAAAUAGACAUUCAAUAACUCCAUAUUUACUCUAUUGAAUUGAGUUGAGUCCCAGUUUGGGUCUUGUGACUUUUGCCUGAUGUUAAGAAACUUUAUGAUAGAAAUAAAGUCCUAGGAAUCUGACAGACAAAGCUCAAGAAAGACCUAAGAUGAUGUGUGCAUGGGGAAAAUGGCCGUGGUUUUGACCUGGAGGUUUAAAUGCAAGCGCCAGCAACAUUUAAGUCUUUCCUGUCUGAUGAGCCUCUGGAACUUUGAAGUAUUAUAAACUUCCUGAUAAAGCCUUUUAAUAGGAUCCAGUUCUUCCCUAUCUCUUAAUACCAUUUAAUUGGCACAGGGGUAUUUAGCUGGGGAUGCAGUGUAUACACAAGAACAGGCAUUGCAUUUUGUAGGCUUAUUUUCUUUUUUGACACUACAGUGUUCUAAAGACAAUCUCUGAAUUGGCUGUCAGUAGCCUCAUUACUACAAGAAUGAAAAUUAAAUAUAAGAUUCUAUGACUGAAAGCUUUGGAAAUACAUAGAAUUUAUGACUUAAUAUAUUGGAGUGGGUUUCUCUGUAGGUUUCUGAUUCCAGUUGUAGUCAGGGUAAAGAUACCCCUUGGGUUUUGCUGAUGCAUAGAAGGGUAGGCAUUUUUCAUUUCUGUGAAAACAAAAGAUAAUCUAGAAAUCUGAACACUCCUUUAGUGCUGACAGCUAAGUAUUAUGAAUAGUUAUUUAAGGUACAGAAUGGAAGUUCUUAAUGGCUCCCAUUUAUUUACCAUCCGCCCCGUGUAAGCAUCAUCCAACCAUGGCUACAUUUCAGGGAGAAUCCUUUGUAAUGGAAAAGAAUGGGUUUGGAGAUCAGAGCUUAAUCCCACUUUACUAGUACAGCAUUUUUAUUUGAGCAUGAAGCUCAGCAUGGCCAGUAGCCUCUUUUCUCUCCACUUCUUCACUUUAAAAAUGAUUAAUAGACAAUUUCUAGAAAUGUUCAUUCCCUGUUUUAGGGUUCCCUGGAGAACAAAAGCCUCCUGUCACCCUGAACAGACAUUCCCACAAUAGGGAUGCCCAUAGAGACAUCAUUAGUCAAGUCAGAAAUGUCUCCUCCUCCUCUUCUUCUUCCUCCUCCUCCUCCUCCCUCACUCACAUCCUCUCCCUCUUCUUUCUCUUCCUCUCCCUCCUCUUCCUCCUCUUCUCCCUUCUCUACCUCCUCUUCCACCCCCUCCUCUUCCUCUCAUUUUCCCUCCUCCUCUUCCAUUUCCUCUUUCUUACUCCUCUCACUAUUGUGGUGUAUGGAGUAUGAACAUAUGUGUGUGCAGUUACACUUAUCUAUGUACAUGCAUGCUGAGGCCAGAUGAGGAUAUCAUGGCCAUAUUUAUUUGAAACAGAGUAUUUUCUCUGAACCUGAUGUAGCUUGUGGUCAUCUAGCCCCAUAGAUUCUUUUGCCUCUGUCUGCUACAGUGCUUGGGUUACAAGUGAACAUAUGUGGUUAUGCUCUGGUUUUUAUAUGUGCUGGGAUCUGAAUGCAGGCCCUCAUGCUUUUUCAGUCAAUACUCUUACCCAAUGAUCCACAAGUUUUAUUUUAUGUUACAUAUUCAAAUUUACCUGAUAGCCUCUUAUCACACCGUUCUACACCAUUUGUUCCUUCCUUUGUUCCCACCCUAUGUGGUUAUAGGUGCUAUGUGUCUCUGGUAGGGAAGCCAGGAACAUCUGGGUCCAUAUUCUAGCUCUAAUCCCUCCUGUCAUAGUUGGUACACAACUGGGUAUUGUCAGGGCCUUAUAUUAAGCCAUAGACUCUCCAGCUUCAUUUUUUAAAAGCAGGUUGUAGAACCCUAACCCAAUUCUAGUUUCACCCUCUGGUUCUGACUUUGUGUUCUCCCAAUGUAGGGACUUUUUACCCCAUUAUUUUAUAAAUGCAGACAUUAUAGAUACCUUCCUGACCCUAUCUGGUGAUUAAACUCAAAAGUCCUAGAGAAUCUAGCCUCCCAGAGACUCUGGAGCUUCUGCUGCAGGAAAGAGCUAUGUGUCUGUCUGUCUGCCUGCCUACCUGCCUGCCUGUCUGAUUGUCUGACUGUAUAAAUUUGCUGCCUUGGUUAUUGUUUCUCCAUGGUCAGUCUUCAUUCAAGGGAGUUAGAUAUUUAAGGAAAAGCAUUAGUUCUUAUGUAAUUACCAUAACAAAGCUGUAGAGAAUGUCUACUUAUAAAGAAAAGAUGGUUAUUGGGUUCAAAAUUCUUGAUAGCUUUUGUUGGGUCUGGUGAAGGUCUCAAAGUAAAUGGCAUCAUAAUGCUUGAGAGUGCCAGCAAAAAGUGGAGAUCACUAAACCAGACAAGAAGCCAAAGAGGCUGAGGAGUGCCCAAGCUUGUUCUUUUAUAACAGGCCCCACCCCAGUGAAAACCAUCUCAAGGGUCUCAUAGGCAUUACAUAAAUCACACCCAAGGGUAGUUUCCCCCAGUGACUCAAGGAUCUAUCCCUUAAAGGCCCAACAAUCUUUUAUGUUUCCAUAUGAAGGACUGUGCAUCUGAAACCCUGAAGAACACACUUUAAUCAUAUUCAAACCAUAGCAGAGACCUACGUAAGCAGACAGUUGAAUGGGUAAUUAGCAAGACCAAUAAGUAACCACUAACUCCCUUAUUGGUUAUCUUAGCUACUAACUUGGGCAUGUUAUAUCAAUAACAAUAAUAUCCCUUAUUUUUCCUUGGCAGAAGGCUAUGGGAAACACACAGAUACAUUAUUUAGUAUUUAUACUAGUUCCACAUCUACUAUUGUUAUAAGAAUUCUAAGAACUAGCACAAAAAUUACUGUACCAUCUUGUUGGAUCUAAUGAUAAAAUUUUUAUUCCAACAUUUGAGUGAGAAAUCAAUAGUGCACUCUGUUGGUAUGUACUCACACUGGAGCUGUGUUGGGAGGAGAAUAUGUACCUUUAUCUGCCCCUCCUUAUAUUAUCUAUGUUCAUCUCACUGGAAGGCUGUGUAUAGGAGUGCUGCCUUUUCUCAUUCCUCCAUCAGACCUUUUCCUUCUUUUUUUUUUCCCUCUCUCCUUCUCCAUCUGUUUGACAAGAUGUCACUGUGGACCCCAGACUGUCAUCAAAUUCCAUAUGUUACCCAGGCUGGACUUGAACCUGAUAUCCUCCUGCCUCAGCCUCAGCCUCUCAGUGGGUGGAUUGCAGGCACAUACUCUUCAGAGUCCUUUCUUCAUAAGAAAAUGAACUUAAGUAAUUGAGAGGAUUUCUUCUCUGAUCAAGAAUGCUUUUGACUCAAUUGGUCGCUAAUUAGGACAGAAGACACAGCAUUUUUGUCUUGUAAAAUCCAGGAAGCAAAUUAGCUAUGGUUUAUGAUACAAUCUGCUUCUUCUGACAGCAGUAACUGUGCAGAUCUAGCACAGCCUCCUGGUUGGGGGGAUCCUUUGGUUACUUCAGGAACAAUUCAGGCCAAGGUCAUCAGAGCUGAAAUCAGUGGCUUUGAAACUUGUCCUAUUGUACGUUCUGGAACUCUGCAUAAAUACUUAAAAAAAAACAUCUCCACAAACAGUGGAAUUGUUUAUUUUCAUCAAACAACAACUUGCUGAAAUCCUAAAAUACCUAUCCCACAAUUUAACUGUAUUUGUUAGAAAAAUGUUUAUAAGAACUUUAUAAGGUAUUCUGGCAAUAUUUAAUAAAUUAUAACUCUUGUCCAGAGUGGUGAAUCUCAACACGUUACUUGGAGCCUGCUUCAGUCAGUACCCAAAGGGUUCCUGAUGAAAUGCAAAUACCCAACUAAUUUGCCAAUCGUGAGCUCAAAUUUAGCUUUAAGGGACACAUAGAACUCAUUCUGAAAUGCCUACCGUGUGCUGAUACCCCUAAGAAGUGGCUCCCCAGCUUCUACAUGAACAAUACUUCCGGUUAAGAGUUUGCAAUCUCCAAGGCUGUCUAGCCUACUUUGUAAAAGUUGAAAAUAUUAAGUCACUCUUAAAGUAAUUUUGUGUCUUCCUUUAGCCUACCUUCCCCCAGUGGAAUAGGUUCAGUGCUUCUCUGUGUGUAUACCAAAGGAUCUCGUGUUAUUCUAACACAAGCCCUAGCAUCACUUUCAGGUUCCUCUCUAGAUAUUGUAUCAAGGUUCAUUGUCAAAUGAGCUUUAUUUCCUUAACCAUCUGGCAUUUUCCUCCACGAACACUGAGAACCAUUUCUGGCACCAAGCAGUUACUCAGUGCAAUCCGAAGCACCAUAAACUCAUCUCCCUCUUAUUUCCUGCCUUUGGUCUGAACUCUGCUCUCUGAAAAUAUGCAGAAAACGUGUGAUCGCUUUUUUCUAGGCAAUAACCCACUAGAUAUCUAAACAUAUCUAGACAACCCACCAGCGAGCUGCUAGGCCCCACUGCAUUCAUGCUAAGCUCAUCUCCUUCAGAUGUUGUUCAUGUGAGCACAUUUCCCAGUAUCUUGCAAUUUUAACUGCCUCUCCCAGGAUGAAUGUGACUCCACACUUGGUCCAUCAAAAGGUGAGCCAACUUCCAGUGUAGGGUUUUCAUGGCAACAUGUCCUACCCUCCAUCAUCUUCAUCAACGUAUUCUCUUAAAUAUGCUCUCAUAUUCAUCUGCUGUCUCAACAUUCAGGCAGUCCUAACCAUUAGCCCUCUUGUUUCAUACCACUGGGCUGCUUCCACCAUUGACACAUGGUUCUGAAAACCAGUCUGGAAGCUCUUGAGUCUCUCUACUGGUUUGGCUUAGAGCCCUGAGUAAAGCCGUAUCUCAUAAUGAGAACUUCAUUGGGGUCGAGAGAGGCAGCCACAGAGACCAGGGGACCUGAGAACAGAGGGUACAGGUCACCGAGAGGUGAAAGAAGCGUGGUCCACUCAGCACUUUUUAGAACUCAAGAGACGAGGACCAAGAGGUGAGAGGACUGUGCAGAAUCCCAAAUCGCCAGCGAGAGGCACAGUGUAUUUGAGCUUAUGGCUCCAGCAGGCAGAGAAGCAGCAUAAAUUUCAGCGAAGCAGAGCUAAGUGGCAACGGACUUUAAGUUCUGUCAUAUAUAGUUAAUUUGCAGAAUAAAUUGGUCAGGGCAGCAAAAGGAUUUAACAUCCAAAUUCAUUUGAAAAACAGAAGCUAGAUGAGUAUCUAGAGGAAAAUGGAAACCGUUACAACAUUCCCUUGCUGGCUGGAGUAGUAUUAUUAUUGAAUAAUAUUUUUAUUAAAAAUUUCUAGACCAUUUGGUAGUUAAGGAUAUUUAUAACCAGCUUCUGCAGCAUCUUGCUGAAGCUUUGAAUAUCACACCACGGAGCUGAGUUCACUCCGGAGACUCUCCACCUGCAAGUAACUCAUGUAGGCUGUCCUCACUCAGCCAGAUACUCCACAAGCAGCCCCGUUCUUUGACCAUAGAGCCAGAGCAAUCCGUGCUACCGUAUCAGGGUUGCCCUAUUUCAGAACUCUCCAAAGGUUCCCUGCCCUGUGCUCCUGCCCAGGCUUAAAGGAAGAUAGACAGGCAGAUGCACACAGUAGGUGCAGGGGAUGGGGAGGAGUCAAGGAUGGAUCAAGAGACAGGCAUCCUCUAAAGUGCAGAGCUCAUCAUGAAGAAGCAAGUGAUGGACUGCUGAGCUGAAGAGCCAAAGACACACACACACAGGUCUCCUGCCUGGGAAUAAUGCUGGGAUGUGGGCAGAGGAAAGCAUUAUUAAUUCUAUUCUAUAGGUGGGUGGAUCCUCAACUUUAGUUGAGGUUUGAAGCUAAAGCUGGAAGCUCCCUUUCGUCUAUAGGAUUCUGAUUCUUUCUGCUUCUCGGGGCCAUUUUUUUUUCUUCCUUUGAGAGUAUUCUUGGAUUUUUUUUUUUUUUUCGAGACAGGGUUUCUCUGUGUAUCCCUGGCUGUCCUGGAACUCACUUUUGUAGACCAGGCUGGCCUCGAACUCAGAAAUCGGCCUGCCUCUGCCUCCCGAGUGCUGGGAUUAAAGGCAUGUGGCACCAUGCCCAGCUCUUUUUUUUUUUUUUUUUUUUUUUUGUCUUGGAUCAUUCUCAACAAGGACCCCAAAAGAAGAAAAACACUUGACCUGGAAAUAUUUCCAGGGUAUGUCUUUGUUUUCUCAGUUCAGCCUGUGAGGAUUGGAAAGCCUACAUCCACACACACACCAUCAGACACAGGCAUGGAAGCUUUCUCCUGGCUGUCUGCUGAACAUGCCUAUCCUGGAUAGUCCUGUCUUCCUGCUAAUGGAGAUCAGAAAAUAGCUAAUCCUGCUGGUGCUCAUCAUUUUCAUCUGUCUCCUGGCCCUGUCUCUCUUUGCCCCUCCCUCUCACCCAUGCCACUCUGUCUGUGGGGAAACAGCAGGGAUAAUCAGACCAGUUCAGCGUAUCCCAAAGGCUGUGACUCUGAAUUUCUGUGUCAAGUUUAUUUUGACAUUGACAAGAAGCUGCAUGCAGCUGCUGCUGGGCCACAGGAUGGUGAAGGAGUCAGAAACAUGUUUCCUUUUUCCAAUGCUGUGUGCCCUGGGAGGAAGCCAAGGGGUGGCCUGUGCCCAGAUGGCCAGUAAAGGAAACAUCUCUAGCUCUGCAUCACAGGACUCACAUUGUUAAAAGUGGGACACGGUAAUGGGUUGACUAGAAUUCAGGCCUAUCUGCUACCUCAUCAUGCUAGUUGAUUUGAAAACAGUGUUUGCAAAAGGAACUAUGUUAAGAUGGGAUGAUCAUGGAUUUAAGAUAGAUUGUAUAGCCAAUGGCUAGCAUAUAAGGGAAGAAGCCGAUUUGGUCAUAGACUCACAGAGAAGGAAAUCUUGUGACAAUUGAGGCUAAGAUUGGCAUGACAGCUUUUCAAAUCAGGGGAUGAAAAUAAGUGCCGGAUCCCCCAGAAGUUUGGAAGAAGCAAUGAUGGCCAUUUUCCCAGCCUUCAGAGGGAGCAUAGGUUGGCCCGCACUUUCAGUUUGCACUUUUGUCUUUUAGGACAGAAAGGAAUGCAUUUUUUAUCACUUAAACCACUUGAUGAUGCUUUGUAAAUGCAGACUUAGGAAACUGAGAGUCACAACCUGGUAAGGGAAAACCUUCGUGACCUUGGCUCAGACUUUCCUGACAGGCAAA